AUGGCCCAAUAUGUUUUAAAUUGCAUCAUACCUCAUUUGAACCAGGUGCCGAAUCCUGUAGCAGUAUCUGUUAUCCUGAAGUUUUAUGCUACUGGCACUUACCAAAGAAUGCCCCGAAUGUCUACAAAGAGGGAUAGGAAGAGAAAGACGUGGAGCUCCGAUCAGAUUACAAGGGCAGUUGAAGCUGUACGCACUAAGUCUAUGGGUUUUACAAAGGCAGUUAAAAGUUUUGGUGUGCCAAGAACUACUCUAAGAAGGCUCGUCCAUAAUACUGAGUUGUCGCCAGAGCUAGUUUUACAGAAGCCCUUAGGUAGAAGGCCUGUGUUGCCACCUUACCUAGAAGAAAAAUUAGUGGAAUAUAUAUUGCACAUGGAGCAAAUAUUUUAUGGCUUAACUCGAAUGGAUGUCAGAAAAAUAGCUUACCAGUUGACAGUUCAAAACAAUAUUUCCAAUUCUUUUAAAAACGAUAUAGCAGGUCGAGCAUGGUUGGAUCAUUUUCUUAAAAGAUACAAACAUCAGUUGUCUCUCAGAAAACCUACGGGAACCUCUUAUGCACGAGUUCAAGGUUUUAAUCCAGCAGCGAUAAAUAAGUUUUUUGAUAUUUUGGAAGCCGAAAACAUAAAAUGCCAAUACCCCGCAGAUGACAUCUACAAUGUAGAUGAAACAGGCAACACUAUUGUACAAACAAAAAUACCAGCAGUAGUGGGUCGAAAGGGCAAAAGGCAGAUCGGAGCUUUAACUGCUGCAGAACGCGGUUCGUUGAUAACCAUAGUGCAAUGA